AUGUUGUUUGCGAAAUUCUCAAACUCGAACCGUCUGGAACUCCGUAAUACAACCCAUAUCGCCUCCGAAACAAGGUUCCGUGUAAUUAAGGUCUCGGCUCCCGGACCCGGCCGGCAACCGACCCACAGGAGCACGGCGCCGCCGAUAGCACCAUCCCAUGCCACGUCCUACGAGACAAACAACGGUACACAGCACCGGGCAGGCCGCAAGGCAGGACAAGGCAAGUUGCAACGGCAGCAAGUCGAGAACACCACUAUACGUUACUUGCUCCGUUACUUAUGCAAGCCUGCGUUUCCCCGCGCCCGUCGCGCCCAAUCAGCAUUACAGCAGCCAGCCGCCGGGUAUAAUAAACCAACAAGCCACGACGGGCGGCGAUUUAACAAAACCGGUAUUCGUGGUCGGCAGGCAUUUUUAGGAUCCUCUCGAGUUCAAUCCCGUCUCUCGGUCGAGACCGCCCGCAGCAUAGUCACUGCACUGACGACCUUGCAUAAUCUAUGUAAUUCACGCCACCUCGCACAUGCAUUUUUCACUCUGACACAAAACGGCUGGGGUUUAUGCAACGAGCAUAUUUGCCGCUGUCAACCGGUUUCCGGACCCUUGAUCGCUCUCAAUCUCGCCUAUGUCUCGGGUAUCAUCGCGCUCAGCCACAAGUCCGUGUCCUCGGAAUGCCGGCCCCUACCUCGAGUCUUUCACCAUCUUCGUUCAGAAGAAGACGGGGUUCAAAGGGGACAUGGACUGACGGGUUUACCGCAUGAGCAGAAUGGCGCGCCAACCCCCUGGCACUUUAGCCUCCACUCUGACCUCGAGCGACAUUCACUGUCCAACAUCCUCCAUCUGGGUAUUGUAAUUUCCAUUUACUAUGCGCCUGCUGGGUUCAAGCCACACCCUAUGGUCUCUCUCCCAGCCCCAAGACAGAAUACAGAUGCAUUGUAA